CAUUUUGAUAGGAAAGCACCGGAGUGAGAGUGAGUGUACACUGUGGGGGACAACCCCCAAGAAAACUUUGUCUUUGUUCGAGAUUGGAAUAGCUCCAUGCCGCCAUAGCGCCCAAAUGUCCGCGGAAGCUGUGCAAGAAAUCAUUGAAAUUCUGGAUGGAUCCGAUGGAUCCGAUGGAUCCGAUGGAUCGGACGGGUCCACGGAUCUGUUGCACUUCCUGGUGCAAAGCCUUCGGGAUGCGAAGGUCGCUGCUGCAGCUGCUCGCGGCAUCUUACAACUGAUGACUGCGGAAAGCUAUCGCUGGAAGUUCCGAAAGCUGGGUGUAGAAGCUGCCGUGUGCAGCCUGCACUUCUUUGGGCCCGAGAUGUCGAUGUUGGCCACCCAAAUGACAGAAGUCUUAAAGCCAGAAAACUCAGAAGACCCUGACCCUGCACAUGAAUCACAUGAAUCACAUGAGACUUGGAACACUUUCUCCUUUUCGAGUCAAAACGAAGACGUUGAAAGGCAGGUCUCGGUGAAGGUGAAGCUCAGUACGGCCAACGAGGCGACGCGAUUGUCGAGCCAUGGAUGGCGCGUUUGGCCUGGUGCACAGAUCCUCAGUCAGUGGUUGGUAUCUUAUGAGAACCUCAAGGAGAUGAACGUGGUUGAGGUGGGUGCUGGACCGGGUCUUGUUGGUCUUGUGGCAGCCAGCCUGGGAGCACAUGUGACCCUCACUGAUCGCUGCAGUGCUGUGCUGACCGCCCUGCAGCAGAGCACCAAGGAGAACGGCUUUGAUUCGGCCAAAGUCGUAGAUUUAGACUGGGAAACUCCAGAAAGUAUUGCUGCAGCCGACCUGGUGCUGGCCAGUGAGGUCAUAUACCAACGGCCCACUGUGGACUUAAUUCCAGCACUGCUUCAGAAGAUUCUCCGACCUGGCGGGCGUUUUUGCGCUUGUGAGCAAGUAGGUCGGUCGCAAGAUGGGAUUUGCCUUUUCCCACUCUUCUGUGCGGAGAUGAAGGAGCUUGGCUUCAUCAAGGUCUUUGAAGAGAAGCAUAGCUUGGAUGGAUCGGAUUUGGAGUUCAUUCUUUUUCAAUUUUGUGCACCUUAG